AUGAGGUGUUUGACCCGGCCCCAGCCCCCCCCCCAUACAUGCCCCCGCAGCCAUCCAUUGAGGAGGCCCGGCAACAGAUGCACUCUCUUUUGGAUGACGCCUUCGCUCUGGUCUCACCGUCCUCGCAGAGCAGUGCCGGGGUGAGCGGGUUAAGCCCUGCCCUGCCCAGUGCCUCCCCUCAGGCCCGUCCCCCAGGCAGACAGUGGGGUUCUUACCCAGCAGCUCCCUCUCACAGCCCUUUCUCUGCAAGAUAUGCUGAGUUAGGAAUGUCUCCUACAUCAGUCCAGGGCCUCCUGCAGAGGCAGGGCCUGAGCUCAGGAGGGUAUGUUUCCACUGGCGAUCAGCUGCAGGAGUCAGUUUACUCCAACAGGGGGCAGUAUGAGGAACCCCCCUCCUCCUCCAGACCACGGCCUGUUGGGGGCAGCACAGGAGCACAGCUCCACCACCUGACACAGGUGGGUUUGUCCAGUCAGAUCGGUGCUUACCCUGGGGUAGGUCGCAGCAUGUCUGGUCCCACUGGCUCAAGCUGGAACCAGCAGCAUUCAGACCAAGAACUAUCAAGACCAGGAGACAGCAGAGAGAGCGUGCUGUCGUUUCCUGAGUUCUCCUCUUCCUCUGUUUUCCAGAUGCCUGGCUCCUCAUUGCGUGACCCAUCGGCACCACCUCUCCUCCUGACCUCACCGACUCCAGAAUAUCCACCAGAGGAUGCCUCGCCCUCCGCCCACACCUCCGCCUCACUUAUCAAGGCUAUCAGAGAGGAGCUGCGUCGUCUGGCCCAGAAGCAGGCAGUGACCAGUUACCCAUAGACUUAUGUGGACUGGUUUGGAUCAGGACUCUGCUGGUCCCAAUAGUUAUCAUUUUGAACCACUAUGGCGUGAAUGGACUGGAUUAAAACUAAUGAUCCACACUUUGGACUCUCUUGAGCAGAUUUACGUCUCAGUAGCUAAACCCAAAUUAUCCACAUCUCCUGUUUCCUGACUGAAAGACCUCUGGUACUUUACAGGGUUCCAUCUGUCUGUUUGUCGGUCAUUCUUCAACUCUGUGUUUCAUUGGACAGGAGUUUGACUCUUCACAUUCCCACUGAAGUGCUUCCUGGACUGGAUUGUCCCAUAUGUCCCAUAUGUCUUAGACCUGAUUUAGAAUCUGAAUUUAUAGAGGGGGUUGUCACACUUGACCUUUUGGUGCUGAUCAUCCCUCAUGGAGGUCUGGAGUACAUUGUACCUCCUGGAUGGAUGGCAUAGCUGUUCCACUUUAGGCUGUCCUGAUCACCCACAGUGGAUGAUCUCUAUUUACCAUCUUUACUGGUUUGUCCCAUCUGAUCCUAUGGCAUGGAUUUGUUCAUUCUGGAGUUCUAGAGUGGAAAUUAAUUCCUGAACUCUUUGUUUUAAUGGUUCAUCCUAAUCUUCUCAUGUGGAUCAUUCAUUUUUAACUUCAGGAACAGAUUGUUCAUCCAAGAUUUCUCAUUUGGACAGUCCAGUCCAGUGGAUUGUUCUUCUGGAGUUGUUUAGUGGAAAUUAUUUCUUAAACUCCUGCAGCUGAUUUCCCCCCCUGACUUUAUGGAGCAGAUUGUCCCUCCUGAAAAUCUGCAGUGGAUGCUCCUACCUGAAAAAGCUAGAGUCGAUGGUCCAUCCCAACCUUCUCAUGUAGAUCAUUCCCUCUGAACUUCUGGAACAGAUAGUCCCUCUAGGAUUGGGACAAUCCCUUCUGACCCUCUGGAGUGAAUGGUCCUUUCUUGACGUCUCGAUCUGGACCAUUGCUUCUGGAGUUUUGAAGUGGAUUAUCCCUCUGGAUGUUCUGUGGUGCUAACCAUCAGCCUCAUACCAUCAUUUCAUUAACCACUUAUUGCCUUCCACACUUCCAUCAGCCAUGGGAAUCAGGUCUCUUUUCAUAAAGCAUAUUGAUGAGGCCUUUGCACUGUCGACAGCAGGAGGUGGCGUAAAGUAGUUCCAACAUAGGGGCAAAAAAACAGGAAAAGUAUAUAUAUAAAUAUCUAUGAGAAUGAAUACAAAUAUAUG